AUGUCAGAUGACAAUAGAGCUCAUAUUAUUCGUGAGCUUGGACGUUUGAGAGCUCCAAGAUUUCGUCAACGUACUCCACAAGUCAAUGGAAUUCUUCAAGGACUUGAUAAUUCUACAGAAUCAUUAGCUAGUUCAAGUGACCAUGAAACUGAAACCGAAGAAAAUAAUGAAAAUAAUAACUUUUUUCUAAAUGAUGAAUUUAAUGAUAUGUCAAGUGACAAUGCAUCAGAAGAUGAUGAACUUUUUAAUGAAGAAAGAGUUGAUGAAGAAAUUCAUGAUGAAAGCGAAGAAGAGCUUUCAGAAGAUAGUGACGAAGAAUUAAUUGAUAAUAAUGACGACAACCGUUUAAAUGACAUUGAGGAACUUCGCCAAUGGGCCUUAAUAGAUCCUCCAAUUCCACAUAGCCGAUUGGAAGCUCUUUUAAAAAUUUUAAGAAGGACUCAAUAUCCAGAAUUAACAAAAUGUGCCAAAACAUUUUUGGCUACUGAGAAUACUUCAUUCACAAUAGAAAAACUAGAUGAAAACGACUCCGGUGAAUUUGUUUAUUUUGGAAUUGAAGAACAUUUAAAAAAAUGUGUUAAUCCAGAGGUACAUGAAAUCAAUGAUCUUCAAUUAUUCAUAAAUAUUGAUGGUUUACCGUUGUUUAAAUCAAGUUCGAUUCAGUUUUGGCCAAUUUUAUGUAAAGUGUUUCACCAACUAGAUCUAUACAAACCUUUUCCAAUAGCUAUUUAUUGUGGAAAACAAAAACCAAGUAGCGUAGAAGGUUAUUUCAGAAAAUUUGUAAUUGAAAUGAAUCAUCUCCUAGAAUUUCGUGUGACAAUAGAUAAUGUAUUAUUUGCAGUAUCAAUAAAAGGAUUUAACUGCGACAGACCUGCUCGAUCGUUUGUAAAGUGCAUUAAAGGACAUGGAGGUUAUUGGGCUUGUGAACGGUGUGAAGUCAAAGGUCAGCGAGUGAAAGGACGAACAAUUUAUCCGAUAAGUCAAGAUCAAUGUGUUCUAAGAACAAAUGAUUCAUUUCGAAACCAGAGCAAUGAGGGGCAUCAUACUGGUACAUCACCCUUACUUCAGAUUACCCCUCAAAUUGAUAUGGUACGUGACUUUGUUUUAGAUAGUAUGCAUUUAGUAUUUCUAGGAAUAGUUAAAAAAAUACUCGAUUAUUGGCUCAAUAGUAAUAUCAAAACUGUAAAAUUAAGAAAAAAUAUGAAAGACUUAUUAACAAAUUUGCUACAACAAAUAAAAUAUCAAGUUCCUCAAGACUUUCAAAGAACGACCAGAUCAUUAGAUAAUAUUGCAAAAUUUAAAGCUACUGAAUUGCAAUUUAUACUAUUAUAUGCUGGUCCAGUAAUUUUUAAGAAAGUACUGUCUGAAGACGUUUAUAGAUAUUUUUUGCUUUUGCACGUUGGAAUCAGAUUAUUGUGCUCGAAAGAUCUUGCUGUUUAA